AUGCCUUCCAUCAUCCAGGAGCCUCGGGGCUGGUUGCUCGCAGCAGUGCAGCCAUUUGUGGCGGCACAGCUGAGCGGCACCGUUGGGCCGACGACGUCGCGGGCAGCCAAGGCAGCCACCAAGGUGUGCAACAUCAUGAGCUACGGCGGCGUGGCGUCGGCGACGACGGACAACAGCGCGGCCAUUGCGAGCGCGUGGGCGGCCUGCAAGACGGGUGGCGAGGUGUACAUCCCGGCGGGCAGCUACGGCCUGAGCUCGUGGCUGACGCUCAACGGUGGCUCGGGCGUGUCGAUCAACCUGGAGGGCCAGAUCUACCGCAUGACGGCCGGCACGGGUGGCGGCAACCUGUUCUUCAUCGAGCACACGACCGACUUUGAGUUCUACAGCGCCAACUCCAAGGGCGCUAUCCAGGGCUACGGCUACCAGUUCCACGAGCAGGGCGAGUACGGCCCCCGGCUGAUCCGGCUCAACAAGGUCACCGACUUCAGCAUCCACGACAUCGUCCUGGUCGACUCGCCGGCCUUUCACAUGACCAUAGACACGUGCACCAACGGCGAGGUCUACAACGUCGUCGUCCGCGGCGGCAACAAGGGCGGCCUCGACGGCAUCGAUAUCUGGGGCACCAACAUCUGGGUCCACGACGUCGAGGUCACGAACAAGGACGAGUGCGUGACGGUCAAGAGCCCGGCCAGCAACAUCCUGGUCGAGCGCGUCUUCUGCAACUGGUCGGGCGGCUGUGCCAUCGGCUCGCUUGGUGCCAGCACCGACAUCCACGACAUCGUGUACAACCACGUCUACUCGCAGAACUGCAACCAGAUGAUGAUGAUCAAGAGCAACGGCGGCAGCGGCGAGCUGUACAACGCCCAGUUCAACAACUUCAUGGGCCACAGUAACGCCUACACCCUCGACCUCGACACCGCCUGGAGCAGCAUGUCCAAGGCUGCCGGCGACGGUGUCGAGUACAACAACCUGACCUUUGCCGACUGGCACGGCACCUGCUCCAACGGCGCCAACCGCCCGCCCAUGCGUCUCGUCUGCCAGUCUGCUGUGCCGUGCACCGAGAUCGACGUGACCAACUUCAACGUCUGGACCGAGGCCGGUUCGUCCGAGAAGUACCUCUGCGAGAACGUCUACGGCUCCGGUGGCUGCAUCAAGAAGGACGGCGCCCACGCCGCCUACGCCAGCACCGCCACUGUCACCACCGCCACCGGCUAUGCCGUCACCACUAUGCCCGGCGAAGCUGACUGCUGGCUUGGGCCUCACCAAGUCCAUCGACAUUCCCGCCCAUCCCCACGUCCUUCUACCCGGGAAUGCUGCCCGUCACUGCGCUGCUCGGUUAAAUAG